ACGGGUCGGGUCCCCGUAUCUUCGUCUUUGUUGCUUCCCUCCUCCUCAUAGAUAGAUACACUGUUCACACUCUCAGACUCAGAUCUCAUUUCUCUUUCUCUCUAUCUCCCUCUCUCUCUCUCUCUCUCAGACACACACAGUCACGCAGGAGUAAUACGCAUAAAUCUCAGUGUAUCUGUAGGCCUGUACGAAAGCAGACACACACAAGAGCUCCGACUCUCUCGGCAUUUCACAUUGUGUUUAUUCAUUUCAUAUCUAUAGUCUCAUAAAGUGGCUGAGGAUUGAUUAGUUUGUGCAUGUACCCACAUUAUUAACUAUUCACAGAUUUGUUCUGGGGUGAUCGUGAUGGCGGGGACGGUCCGUGGCGGCCGGGUUGGAAUUGGUGGCGGAUCGCCACUCCGAAGCUUCUUCAGCUACCGGAUCUUUGCUUCCGCCAUGUUCACGCUUCUUUUCCUCGCCACUCUCUCUGUCUUCUUUUCCUCUCACCCGUCUCAGGACGAUCCUGUUGUGGAGACCACGGGAAAUGCAUAUGUGCAUCGGAGUUUCCUAGCGUGGCAGUCAGACCCACCAAAGACUAGAUUAGAUUUGAUACAUAAUCAGGCAAAUAAUCAUAUUGCCUUAGUGAAUGCUUAUGGUGGAUAUGCGAGGAAGCUGAAGCUUGAGACGUCUAAGCUGCUUAAAAUGUUUGAUGAUUUGGCUAAAAAUUUCUCAGACCUUCAAUUGAAGCCGACCUAUCGCACUGCACUGUUUGAAUCGGGGGGACCGGUCGAUGAGGAUGUGCUGAGGCAAUUUGAGAAGGAGGUUAAGGAUAAAGUCAAGAUUGCUAGGAUAAUAAUUGCAGAGUCCAAGGAGUCCUAUGAUAAUCAGUUAAAGAUUCAGAAAUUGAAAGAUACAAUUUUUGCUGUUCAUGAGCUGCUUUUGAAGGCCAAGAAGAAUGGGGCUUUUGCCAGCUCAAUUGCAGCAAUAUCGACUCCCAAGAGUUUGCAUUGUCUUGCAAUGCGGCUUAUGGAGGAGAGAAUUGCACAUCCUGAAAAGUAUGAGGAUGAUGAGCCCAAGCCUGAGUUUGAGGAUCCAAAUUUAUACCAUUAUGCAAUUUUUUCAGAUAAUGUGAUUGCAAUAUCUGUGGUGGUAAACUCAGUCGUUAAGAAUGCUGAGGAGCCAUGGAAACAUGUUUUCCAUAUUGUUACCGAUAGGAUGAACUUUGCUGCUACUAAAGUUUGGUUUAAGAUGAGGCCAAUACAAGGAAGAGCCCAUAUUGAGAUCAAUGCCGUGGACAAUUUCAAGUUCUUAAAUUCCUCGUAUGCACCUGUGCUCAGGCAACUUGAAUCCUCAAAUUUGAAAAAGUUCUACUUUGAGACCAGGGCAGAGUAUGACACUAAAGAUGUGAACAACAUGAAAUUUAGAAAUCCCAAGUACUUAUCGAUGAUCAAUCACCUUCGGUUCUACUUGCCUGAACUGUACCCAAAGCUGAACAAGAUACUUUUUCUUGAUGAUGAUGUUGUGGUACAGAAGGAUUUGACUGCCUUGUGGAAAAUCGAUAUGGAUGGAAAUGUGAAUGCUGCGGUUGAGACCUGCUUUGGGUCAUUCCGUCGUUUUUCUGAAUAUUUAAACUUCUCUCACCCUCUCAUCAAGCAGAAGUUCAAUCCUAGGGCUUGUGCCUGGGCAUUUGGCAUGAAUAUGUUUGACCUUGAAGCUUGGCGACGGGAAAAAUGCACUGAGAAAUACCAUUAUUGGCAAAACUUGAAUGAGGAUCGCACCUUAUGGAAACUGGGGACCCUGCCCGCUGGGCUCGCGACAUUUUACUCAACAACCAAGUCACUGGAGAAAGCGUGGCAUGUGCUUGGGCUUGGAAUCAACCCAAGUAUCAGUAUGGAGGAAAUUGAUAAGGCUGCUGUCAUCCAUUUCAGCGGAGACAUGAAACCUUGGUUGGAUAUCGCUUUGAACGGCUAUAAGCAUCUAUGGACAAAGUACGUCGACAAUGAGAUGGAGUUUCUGCAGAUGUGCAAUUUUGGCAUGUAAAGGUGCAUAGCAAUCCCAGUUUAUGGUGCGUAGCAAUGAACUCAAGCAAAGUUCUUUCAGCCUCCCUAUAGUCAUUGGUUACAAGUUUUAACUUUCAGAUUGACUGUUCUAAUUGUUACUUCCUCCACAAAAAUUUUGUUACUGUCAUUCUUUCUUACUAUGGGCUGAACUAAAAAGCCAAGACUCAUCGGUACACCCAUGAAACAUAUUCGUUGUAUAAACUUAUAUAAUAUCAACUCAUCUGAACUAUAAGAUGUUGAGUUCAGACCUUUGCAGCCA